AUGACAAAAGGACGAGCAUCAGUAGUAAUUGCAAUAGUGCUGAUAGUAUCAAUGACAACGUUAUUAUCAUCUCGAAAUAAUAAUAUAUUUGUGGAUGGUUCUCCAGUACUCGCGAAAAGAGGAAAAACUUUUUCUGGAGAAGCGACUUAUUAUAAUCCUGGGUUAGGUUCAUGUGGAAAAAACAGUGCGAAUACGGAUAUGGUUGUGGCUAUUAACAAACCACAAUGGGGAAACCCUGCAAACCCAAACAAGAAUAAAAUCUGUGGUAAAAAAAUCAGAGUUAAGGGCCCAAUAGGAUCUGUUACUGCUAAGCUUGUAGAUAUGUGUCCAGAGUGUCCGUACGGCAAUUUGGAUCUUUCACCAUCGGCGUUUGACAAAAUCGCAAAAAGAAGUGCAGGACGAGUUCGUGUAACUUGGAAAUAUUUAUAA